UUCUGUCAUACUCCAGAGGGUACAGAGAGGAAUCUGUGGCAGCUAUGGAUGACAGAAACCUACCUGAUGCUUCAGCCAGGAAGAGUAAUCUCUACAAACUGGUUGGUGUGAGCCUUGGACUCCUGUGUAUCCUACAAGUUGCUCUCAACAUUUACCUGCGUCAUGCUCUCUACAGUUCUGAUACAAACACGACAGAUUAUGAGACCAUAAUCAAAAGCCUGAGUGAAGAGACAGAGGAGAUAAAGACGAAGCUGAAAAUAUUUGAUCAUUACACACAGCAAGGAUGGUUGUACUUCAACCAUAGUGUCUACUACAUUUCUUCUACCAACAAAUCCUGGCAAGACAGUAGAGAUGACUGCGUGCAAAGAGGUGCAGACCUGGUGAUUAUCAACAGCAAAGAGGAACAGGAAUUCAUGAGACAAUUCAAACGGAUCACAUGGAUUGGACUGACGGACGCAGAGACAGAAGGGACAUGGAAAUGGGUGGAUGGGACAUUGCUGAAAACAAGCUUUUGGUACACUGGGGAGCCCAACACCUAUUACGGCAGAGAUGAAGACUGUGGGGAAAUAAGGUUCUUCAGGAAUAAAAACAACUGGAAUGAUAUAACAUGUAACAUGAAAAACUUCUGGAUCUGUGAAAAGAUGGUGACUUUAUAACUCAGCACCCAAACCCACCAGACUGGUGGCAAAACAGGCCAAACACAUUGACACAAACACACAAGCCAGCGUGCUUUGAUAGGCUUUUUUCAUGGGAGACAUUUUGACAUGCAAACACAGUAAAAACUCAGGUAUAAAGAAUAAAAUGAAUGUUGGCUGAAUUCCAUUUAGCUGUAUUAAUUUCAGGUUCCUGGUGUUUCAUACGCUGGCUCUGGUUUUUAAAUAGCAUGAGGUGUAAAACAUACAGGAUCCGUAUCAGCAAUAUGUUUUCAUAUAUAAUUUGUAGCUUUU